CUCAGGACAUCUAUAUAAAGACGUCCCCGGCCUCCCCCCUCCCCUGCAGCUGCUCUUCCCAAAGCCUCUCUCUUGGUCAGCCGGGACAGCUCCAUCCAAACGCAGCGCAAUGGCGAACCCAGAGGCUUUCUUGGGCAGGUGGCGCUUGGUCUCCAGCGAAGGCUUUGAGGAGUACAUGAAGGAGUUGGGUGUGGGCAUGGCCAUGAGGAAGAUGGGGAGCAUGGCGAAGCCAGACGUUAUCAUCACUAAAGAUGGAGACACGUUCCACGUGAAAACAGAAAGCACAUUCAAAACAUCAGAAUUCAGUUUCAAAUUGGGCGAGAAGUUCAAUGAGGAGACGUUAGAUGGCCGAAAAACUCAGACCCUUAUCACCUUAGAUGAUAAUAAUGUAUUGACCCAGCACCAGGAGUGGGAUGGCAAACAGACUACGAUAACCAGAAAGGUAGUAGAUGGGAAACUCAUUGUGGAAUGUGUCAUGAAUAAUGCCAAAUGUACUCGCGUCUACCAGAAAGCAUGAAGAUACUGGCUUCUAUUUUGGAUGCAGAGCUUUAUGAUGGACAGCUUAGUUCCAGGAACAAAGCUGGUCUACACUCCAUAUUUCUUAUCCAUAUUCCCUGUCCCUGUCCCCAGGUUUUUUUUUAAAGCAUCUUGGAAGAAUCUGUACUGUACACAAUUAAAUUUCAAGUCCUUGGUGUAACUAUUGAGAGCUAUUAAAUUUGAAAAUUUCAUG